ACAGCCAUGACGUAGUGUUUCCUUUUGUGUGUCUCGUGAGUGUGUUGUUGACACCGCCCCUCCGGAGCGGCAAAGAACACCGUCACUAGCGGUCUGACGGUCACAUCUGGCCGGGUAUAUACGCGUCUCCACCGCGACAACAUGUGCGGAACAGAAAACAUCCCCGAGGAGAAGCAGCAGCAUUGUUCUUUGCCUCUAUUUGUACGGUUGCUCACUAUGUAGACCACCGACGCCUAGAUACUCACCUGUUAUUAAUUAGCCGAUGCUAUCGCCGCUAUUUCAAAUAUACGGUUGUCAUCGCGGCCGCCGGGUGAGCUAAGCGUCGAGCUAACCCGUAUAAGUGAGCUUAAACCCGCGCUAAGUGGCGCUAGACCAUCGGCUAGCAUAGCACGAGAGGUGACCAAAAAAUGGCAUCUCCCGCCGAGCACGACCUGGCUCUGUCUGAAGCCGACAGCAGCAAAGAUAAAACGCAGGUGUUUGGAAUAUUAAGGUUACAAGAGGAUAAAUCUAGCGGCGGGGAUAAGCCCAACAUAAGCGGCACCAUGAGAGGCGGCGGGGGAGGAGAUGGACGAUGGCAAGCUCCCAUCUUCGCUUUAGCCAGGAAAGCAUCCGAAACCAUUUCAGGGAGCAUUCAUGUCCUGCCUAAAGUGUCAGAGAACAGAGCAUCCAUGCCUGGCGAGUGGACCGUGCAAGCCCUGCGGGACCCCAUGACCAUGGAGCGAGCCAACCUGCUCAACAUGGCCAAGCUAAGUAUUAAAGGUCUGAUCGAGUCUGCUCUGAGCUUUGGAAGAACGCUGGACUCGGACUACCCACCACUGCAGCAGUUCUUUGUUGUCAUGGAACACUGCCUCAAACACGGUCUGCGAGUGAAAAAGUCCUUUCUGGGAUUUAAUAAGUCUUUGUGGGGUCCUCUGGAGCUAGUGGAAAAACUGUGUCCUGAAGCAGCAGAGAUCUCAGCCUCAGUACGAGAUCUGCCAGGACUCAAGACUCCUUUAGGACGGGCCCGUGCGUGGUUGAGAUUGGCCCUCAUGCAGAAGCGGCUGGCCGACUAUCUGCGACUACUCAUUUCUAGAAAAGACCUGCUCUGUGACUUCUAUGAGAACUCAGCGCUGAUGCUGGAGGAGGAGGGGGCCGUCAUAGUGGGUCUGCUGGUGGGCCUGAACGUAAUUGAUGCCAAUCUGUGUGUCAAAGGCGAAGACCUGGACUCUCAGGUUGGGGUGAUUGACUUCUCCAUGUACUUAAAGAACGACAUUGAUGAUUACAGGAGUGAGGAGAGGAACAGCCAAAUAGCAUCCAUCCUGGAUCAAAAGAACUAUGUAGAAGAGCUCAAUCGGCAACUAAAUUCUACAGUUCAUGGACUUCAAGGCAGAGUAGACUCUCUGGAAAAGUCCAACUCUAAACUCAUAGAAGAGUUAGCUAUAGCCAAAAACAACAUCAUCAAACUACAAGAAGAAAACCAGCAACUGAGGAGUGAAAACAGCAUCAUUAUUCUGAAGGCACAACAACAUUUAGAGUUGUCUCAAGGUGACGUGUCCCUGGAGCGAGACACAUACAAACAAUCCCGUCAAGGUUUGGAUGAGAUGUACAAUGAGGCACAAAGACAGCUGAAGGAGGAGUGUCAGCUAAGACAGGAUGUGGAGAACGAGCUCGUGGUCCAGGUGUCAAUGAAGCAGGAAAUGGAGUUGGCUAUGAAACUUUUUGAGAAAGAUAUUCAUGAGAAACAGGACACACUGAUUGGGCUGAGACACCAACUGGAUGAGGUCAAAGCCAUCAAUGUAGAGAUGUACCAGAAGAUGCAGUCCUCUGACGACGAGAUGAAGAAGAAGAACAACAUGAUCAGCCGUCUGGAGGAAAAGACCAAUCAGAUCACUGCAACUAUGAAGCAGCUGGAGCAGAGCGAUAAAGAUCUGUUAAGUCAGACCAGAACAUUGGCCAUGUCGUUUGUCAAGUGUGCCAGCACAAACACUGAACACCAGUACAAGCUCGUCAAGGACAUCUCCUUCUGAGCACAAAUUCACACACAGGGACGGACUGGAUGAAUUAACACAACUUUAUUUCAAUAGUUCACCCCUUUUCUCUUUUUCGCCGACAUGGUUUUUGUGGGGCUGCAGUGGAUUGUGCAGUUUGUAACCAACAUAUUGCCUCUCAUUUUCUGUCAUUGUCACCUACACCGUUUCUAAUUCAAACACCUCUUGAAAACACUCCAAAUUUUACUUGAAUAUAGGCCUGGGCCGAUAAAAAAAAAUUUGGUGGACAAUAUAUUCUCUGUCAGAUUAUUGCAGCUAAACAAUAUUAUUGUCCGCAUUAUUUUAAGACCAAUGUAAGUACUAAUGCAAUUGUAGUACGUAAUGAUAAUAAUAAUGCGAGCAACCCUUUUAUAUGCAACAAACUUAUAUUCCUCUUUUGUAUUUUUUAACAUCGUAAUUGGAAAGUAAGUAACUACAAGUAUGCAAACAUUAAAAUUGCACUCUCAGUCUCUGUUAGCAAAAAUUGCACUUAAAUAAAUUCUGAAGGGCUGUCUUCGACUAAGGAUUUCAAUAGUCGAAUCUGAUUUGUUAGAUUUUGCCCAUAGUCGACUAUCAGUCGAAUCUGUAGUGUGUUUUUUUUUUUAGGAAAAAAAAUGAUUGUGAAGAUAGUGUAUACUGACUGGUCAGGUGGUUAGGUGUCUAUAUAACAUCACAUGAUGUCCUUAUACAGCAUUCGGUUAUGUCUCGCUGCCCCAACUUUUCUACAUGCAAAAGGAUCCCCAGCUGGCCUCACUAUGGACUAGGCUCUGACAUUAUUAACCGUAUCCACUCGGCAUCCAUUGCACCGGUCCCUUCCAAGGUUUCUCCUUAUGCCCAUUGGGUUGAGUUUUUUCUUGCCCUAAUGUGGGAUCUGAGCCGAGGAUGUCAUUGUGACUUGUGCAGCCCUUUGAGACAUUUGUGAUUAAGGGCUGUAUAAGUAAACUUUGAUUGAUUGAUGUAAAUCCAGCCAUUAGGAGGUGAUUAUUUCACCUUCUAAAAGGAAUACAGGCUUUCAAUAAAGUGAACAAAACAGACAUUUAAUUUUCAACUUUUUCCACAUCAAAAAAAGCUGAAAGACUCUGAUACACAAACACAGUUAAGAUUGGAUUGAUCGAAUACAGAGCGGGCCGCCACAAUUAGGUGGUCAGAUUCCCAUACUUUGCGCACUCCUCACAGGACUUCCCGGGGGAUAUGGUCGAAUGCCUUUUCCAAGUCCACAAAACACAUCUUCACUGGUUGGGUUAACUCCCAUGCACCCUCAUAGAUCCUGCCUAGAGACUAAAGCUGGUCCACAGUUCCACGACUGGGGCGAAAACCACACUGCUCCUCCUGAAUCAGACAUUUAACUAUCCAGCAUAGGCCCUUUCCAGUACGCCUGAGUUGACCUUACCGGGAAGGCUGAGGAGUUUGAUCCCGUGAUAGUUGGAACACACCCUCCGGUUCCCCUUUUUAAAUAGAAGAAUCACCACCCCAGUCUGCAAAUCCAGAAGAACCGCCCCCGAUGUCCACGCAAUGCUGGAGAGUCUCGUCAACCAAGACAGCCCCAUAGCACCCAGAGCCUUAAGAAACUCUGGGCGGAUCUCAGCCACCGAGAAGAUUCUUAACUACCUCGGCAACCUCAGCUCCAGAAAUAGGAUAGCCCACCACAGAGUCCCCAGCCACUGCUUCCUCAUUGGAAGACAUUUAGGUGGCAUUGAGGAGGUCUUCGAAGCAUUCCUUCCACCAAUCCACAACAUCCUUAGUCGAGGUCAGCAGCACACUGUCCCCACAUACACAGCGUUGACAGUGCACUGCUUCCCCCUCCUGAGGCUCAGGAUGGUGGUCCAAAAUGGCUGCACAUAUGGACACCUUUAUGUUUGAACAUGCUGUUUGUUAUGAAUAAUCUGUGACUAGCACAAAAGUCCAGUAACAAAACACCACUCUGGUUUAGAUUCAGGCAACUGUUCCUCCCACUCACGCUUCUUCAGGUUUCACUGUCGUUGCCAACGUGAGCGUUGAAGUCCCCCAGUAGAACAAGGGAAUCACCUGAGGAAGCACUCUCCAGUACUCCCUGUAGGGACUCCAUUAAGAGCGGGUACUUAGAACUAUUGUUUGGUGCGUAAGCAGAAACAAGAGUCAGGAACCAUCCCCCACCCGUAGGCGGAGGGAAGCUACCAUCUCGUCCACAGGGUUACACUCCAACGUACAGGUUCUGAGCCGCUGGGCAACAAGUAUUGCCGACCCUAGCCAGUCUCCUCUCACAGCUGGCAAAGCCAAAAUAUAAGAGAGUCCAGCCCCUCUCUAGAAGACUGGUUCCAAAGCCGUUGCUGUGUGUCGAAGUGAGACUGACUAGAUCCAGCCGAAACUUCUCCACCUUGCGCACCAGCUCAGGCUUCUUCCCCACCAGCGAGGUGACGUUCCACGUCCCAAGAGCUAGCUUCUGUAGCCAAGGAUCAGACCACCAAGGGCCCUGCUUUUGACUUCCACCCAGCUAACAAAGCACCCAACCUCUAUGGCCUCACUUAUGGUCGGUGAGCCCUCUCCGGGCCCCAUGGGGGCAGGCCCGACGACCAUGUGCUCGCCAUCGAGCCCCACCUCCAGACCUGGCUCCCGAGGGGUACCCCAGUGAGCGGCGCCUGUGGGAGGGAAAACUGUGUUCCUGUUCUUGUCUAUUCAUAGAAGUCUUUGGGCUCCCUGUAUGAUCAGUGUCAGAGCUUGUGCCGCAUUGCAAGCAGUAAGUCAGACUUGUUUCCAGAGAGGGUUGGACUUUGUCAUUGAUUUUGAUUACAACUUUUAUGGACAGAAUUUCUAGACGCAGUCUGGCGUUGAAGGUAUUGGGUUUGGUGGCUGCAGGAUUAACUAUCUGCUUUUUGAGGUUGCUGUGGUCCUGCUGGCUUCAUCUGGCCAUGAUCUUAAGCUCUCACUGGAUCAGUUCGCAGCUGAGUGUGAAGCGACUUGGAUGAAAAUCAGCAAUUCCAAGUUCAAGUCCAUGUUUUUUGCCGGGAAAGAGUGGAGUGCCAUCUCCACCUCAGGGUCUUGUUAAUGAGUGAGAGAAGAAUGGAUCGUAAGAUCAACAGGCAGAUUGUUCCUAUCCUCACAUGUAGUCAUGAGCUUUGGGUUAUGACCAAAAAGACAAGAUCACGGGUACAAGCGGUCGGAAUGUGUUUCUUCUGUCGAGUGGCGGGGCUCUCGCUUAGAGAGAGGGUGAGAAGCUCUGUCAUUUGGGAGGAGCUCAGAGUAAAGCCACUCCUCCUCCACAUCGAGAGGAGCCAGAUGAGGGGGUUUGGGCAUCUAGUCGGCUGAACUAAGUAGCUGGGGAGAGAGAAGUCUGGGCUUCUCUACUUAGGCUGCUGCCCCUGCGACCCCACUUGGGAUAAGCGGAAGAAGAUGGAUGGAUGGAGAUUGGAUUGUUUAUUGAGGUCAUCGGCUAAGACAUCAAACUUGACCUAAUAGAAGAAGCAAAAGUCAGAACAAAAUUUCUCUAUGUGAACCUGCAGAAGGAUCAUUACCUUUGCCAGCAAAAAGUUACACAUCCAGGACGAUGUGGCACGUCCCGUCACACGCCGUGUUUGGUGAGUUCCAUUCAGCAGGCCAGAGGCCCACGGUGGCACAGAAAACUUCCUGUCUGACUUUAGUGUGUCCCAACGAGACCAAUUCCAUGCGUAGAAACAUCUUAUCAACACAAUUAUUAAAAUAUUAUUGUGUGCAUACAAAUAGUUUUAGAGAGAGAGAUGUGGGAGGCCAAAAUAAACAGCAAGCUGUUACGGACAUGUGACAACAGGAAGUGUUCUGGCUCCAAAAAAGUAGUGAUCGCCUCCUAGUGACAGCCACAAUUGAUAGCAGAUACAAAUUAUGGCUUACUUUCUAAAAACUAUUUGUCUGCACACAAAAAUAUUUUAACAAAUAAUGAACAUAAUCGAUCCCUCCCCCCAACACACCUGCUGUGCGGGGACCUCUGCUGGUACUUAUCUCUGCCGCCCUUAAUGUCUGCCGAUUUGACUGCAAGGUUUAUUUCGAAUCAGAAUCUUCCAAAUUGAUUUGUCGAAUCUUUGACUAUUUGAAGAUAGCAGUUGAAGAGCAGUUUUUUUCUCCAUUAGUUGAUGGACUUGCUCAUUUGGUUUGAAAACAAAAUAUUACCAUAAUGGGACAUUUGGCUUUGCAGUUAUUUUUUUUCCCUCUUAAUGUUUGUUACAUUGUGGUGCUUCUCACCAACGACUAGCAAGGCUUUGUCGUUGGCAAAAGCUUGCAGUCUCACUUCCAACCACAUAGACAAAGAUUGUGGAUGAUAAUAGGGUUCACGUCCUUCAUUUCAUUCUGCUAUUGAACAAAUGCACUCAGGUGCUGAGAGAGAUGCAGAGUUAACUCUCUUUCGCCUUUAUUAGAAGUAAGCGACAAAGUAAACAAAACAUGGCAAUUUGAGUUCAUUUUCAUUUGGUUGAUUAAUUGACUUAUUAUCGGCCGAGGCCUACUUGAAUAGAAUGUGUGAAAAUCCCUUUGUCAAUUGUUUUUUUCUUAUAACUCAUGCCUCAUCUUUCUAGUAGUCACUUUACACACAGAAAUACUGAUUUCCAAUAAUGAUUGAGCCCUGCCCCAGAGUUUAUCUUGAACAGCCCAGUGGUUUUAGAAAAAAGUAAGUGGAAAAAAUACUUUUGCAACUACAACUUGUAUCCGAGGGCUCUGCGGCCCCACACAACAGAGAAAGGACAAUGUCAAACUGCAGGAACAUACAUUCUUUUUUCGCUGUACAGUGCCUCUUUGACUCAGCUGAGCUCUACUUGCCUCAGUAUGGGGCUUUCAGCUUUCCCCUUCAAAAUAGUAAGGUAAUUGGAAAAACCUUGCCACAUAGAACACAUAGUGUGUUGGCCUUUGUAAGGAGAGCCAGGAUGUUUACAGCUAAGGCACAGCAACAGAGUUGGCAUAUGUGUUUAUUUUUAUCAUUUCUCGUUGUGUAUCAAACUGAGAGUGAGCAGCAGUGGUUUACGUCACUCAUAGUAUAGUUUCUGCUCAGCAGAUGCUAAAAAUAGUACCAGGUAGUACCUCGAAACGUUUUAAUUGUCAGUCGUGUCUUGGAGAGCCUAGCAGAGUCCAGUGCAGUGGACAAGAGACAAAAGUCAGACUCUAUCUAUUAUCACUAUCAGGUUAAUAAGACAAAUCGGGCUGUCAAAACUACAGGAUUAAUAUAGAUUAAAAAUGAAUUAUAUAUAAUUGUGAUUACCGGUAAAUUAAAUGAAUCCCCAGCAACCCUGUGAUUAUUCUACCGGUAAUUUGAAAAUGUCAUCGUUUGGCAGCCCUAAAUACCAGUUUAUUCACAUGUUAAAAUUGCAGAUCAGUUUGCCGUAUUAAAUAUUAAAUGCAUAUACAGGGGUAUUGAAUUCACGACAGCGCCAUCUGUGGGAUCAGGUGCUUAUAGAUCCAUUUUAUGUAAAUCAAUGAAGCUUGUUUAAAUACCUUGACUGUGUCUUAGUUUCACGUCCCGGCGUAAUAUUGAUAGAUGGAAACUAAAAUAGAUGUUCUUAUAAACUCUGUAUAUAUAAAAUACAUCCUAUAAUGCCACUGUCGUUUACCACCUUAUCAAUAAAGUUUGGUGUUUUGAAAGUGCUGGUAUGUUUUGAAGUGGCUCAUGUGAGGGCAGUGUAAAUGUUAGCCACUUUUCCAUCAAGUCUGGUUUAUAAUUUCCUUGCUCAUUUUUGUUUUUAGCAUGUGUACCAUCUUCAUCCUUCCGCGCUGUUAUCCACCCAUCUUCUUUCCACGUCUUGCACAUCCCUUUUGUUCUUUUUUUCCUUUUUCCUUCCUCCUCCUCACUCCUACACCAGUUAUUUUCCCUCCAUGGUCCUGAGUUU